GCGGCCCCGCCCCGGCUCCGGCGGCAGCGGCGGCGGCGGGGGCGCGCGGGCGGGUGCACCUGGCGCCCUCCUCGGGGCUCCUCGUCGCCGGGACAACCGGGAUCGCCGCCGCCGCGCCUCUGCCAUGGUUUUCUCAAAUAAUGAUGAAGCCCUUAUUAACAAAAAACUACCCAAAGAACUUCUGUUAAGAAUAUUUUCUUUCUUGGACAUAGUUACUUUGUGUCGCUGUGCACAAGUUUCCAAGGCAUGGAAUGUUUUAGCUCUGGAUGGAAGCAAUUGGCAAAGAAUAGACCUCUUUAACUUCCAAACGGAUAUAGAGGGUCGUGUUGUGGAAAAUAUAUCAAAAAGGUGUGGUGGGUUCCUGAGACAGCUUAGUCUGAGAGGAUGUCUUGGUGUUGGAGACUCCUCUUUAAAGACCUUUGCACAGAACUGCAGAAACAUUGAACACUUAAAUCUGAAUGGGUGCACAAAAAUCACUGACAGCACGUGUUACAGUCUUAGCAGAUUCUGUUCCAAGCUGAAACAUCUGGAUCUGACAUCCUGCGUAGCCAUCACAAACAGUUCUUUAAAAGGCUUAAGUGAGGGUUGCAGAAAUCUGGAACAUUUGAAUCUUUCCUGGUGUGAUCAGAUUACGAAGGAUGGUAUUGAAGCACUGGUGAAAGGGUGUAGUGGACUAAAAGCUCUAUUUCUUAGAGGUUGCACACAGUUAGAAGAUGAAGCAUUGAAACACAUUCAAAAUCACUGUCAUGAGCUUGUAAUCCUGAAUUUGCAAUCGUGUACACAAAUUUCAGAUGAAGGCAUUGUGAAAAUCUGUAGAGGAUGCCAUAGACUGCAGUCACUUUGUGUUUCAGGCUGUAGCAACCUGACAGAUGCUUCUCUCACAGCACUUGGUCUGAACUGUCCAAGGCUGAAGAUUUUAGAAGCUGCAAGAUGUUCACAUCUCACAGAUGCUGGGUUUACCCUUCUGGCACGGAAUUGCCAUGAGCUGGAGAAGAUGGACUUGGAAGAGUGUGUUUUGAUAACUGACAGCACAUUGAUACAACUUUCCAUACACUGUCCUAAGCUGCAAGCAUUGAGCUUAUCUCACUGUGAACUGAUCACUGAUGAUGGGAUUCUUCACCUGAGCAACAGCACGUGUGGGCACGAGAGGCUGCAGGUGCUGGAGCUCGAUAACUGUCUCCUCAUCACAGACGUGACUCUGGAACACCUGGAGAACUGCCACAACCUGGAGAGAAUUGAGCUGUACGACUGUCAGCAAGUCACACGAGCUGGAAUCAAACGGAUCAGAGCUCAUCUACCUCACGUGAAAGUUCAUGCUUACUUUGCUCCAGUAACACCCCCUCCAUCCGUCGGAGGGAGCGGACAGCGCCUCUGCAGAUGCUGUAUUAUCCUCUGACAGUGAGUGCAGCCACACAGAAAACGUGGUUGAAGAAUGGGACAGCAAGUCAGAGGAAGGAGUCGGUUUCCUGACAAGUCCUAAUGGUGGUGUUUGGUCAUCCAGUUUUGUGACAAGAAAAGCGUUUUUUUUCCCGAGGUAAAAAUCUUAACGUAAUGUGCAGCUGUGGAUUAAGUUGGUGAUGCUUUGGUUUGUAUUAGUAACUCCUUCCUUCUGUUGGCAUGAGAACUGCGGUACCGUGUCAAACAUGUGGGCAUUGCAGCGUAGCAGCUACGCAGUGGAAGUUCACGAAACUUGGAAGUUAAUUUGCGUUUGUCAGCACUACUUGGUGUGAAGUUCUGCUGUAACGUGGGCCAUGCCAAGGAACUGAGCCUGCUGUUCUGUAAUAUACACCACAGAUCAAGUAUCAGGUUUAAGGACAAAUCAGCUUUAGCAGAUGUUGACCAAAAAAUGCAAAGUAAUCAUAAGCUCUUACAGUGAAACAGCAGCUUGUUCUUUUUCAUGAUUCAGCUUCAUAUUUAAUUAUGUAACAGGAGCUAAUAGGUAAUGUCAAAAGGUAAGGUAGUACCUCAAGAUACCCAUAGAACUAGAAAUACUUCCCAAGUUUUGGACUUGGUUCAGUUGAACUCUGCUCUUACAAAGCUUGCCCGUCGCCGACGCACGUUCUGCCCGAUGCCAUCGGCCUUGAACAGGGUUAAGAAAUCCACUGUGGUAGAGCCCGUGCACUCUACUGUACCUGCUGCCACAGCCAUCCAUGGUGCUUUCGCCAACGCCAUCCCCGCGUCCUCCGGGACCGCCGUGGAGUGCAAGGAGAGGAUGCUUCCAGGAGGAGGGGUAGCACACAUGCUUUUCUACAGAUGAAUGGAACACAGGAUGGAGCAAGGAAUUCAGUUUGGCCCACCCAUUUUAGGGAAAAGCAUCUGGGCUCAUCAGUCUGUAGGCAGGAGUUGAACCACACCAGACCUGUGGUUUUCAAAUGUAGAAAGCCAAACUCUUCACAUUUGGUUAAGAAGCUGUCAACGUCUGAAUGAUAAUGAUGAUGAUAAAAAUCUAUGUAUUAACUCUUAAGGCCAUGCUUUCAUCUUUAGUUUUUCAGUGCUAGACAAUUAGAUAAACUUUUUUUAUAUUAAGCAAUUUAAUUAUCUGAGAGAAACUACUUGACAGUUCAGAAAGCUUUUCUUGUGUAAGUUUGACUUUCUCCGUGUGUGUGUGUGUUUUAAGAGUUCAGGGCCUGUGUUUACUGAAAAUUAAAAAGCAGUUGGAAAAGCUACUACUGGACAGAACUGCCAUUUCCCCCCUGCAAAUUUUAAACCACUUCUAAAAAGGAUUAAGUGUGAACAUGAACUUCUGUGGCCAGCAAUGGCUGGGUUGUGUUCAUGACUCACAGAGAAUGGGGACAGUGAAUUAAGACCUGAGCUUUGGGAUUAAAUUACACUUUAGACUACAGUACAUGGAUUUAUUACUACAAAAUAAGCCAGUCUGGGCUUCUUUUGCACAGUAGUGGAGUGCUGUUACAAUCAUACUUCAGAGUUCCAUUAAGACACUGCUGGUCUAAUGAGAGUUUGAACCAGAUUUUAUUCUCAACUGUACCAGGGCAGUCAUUGGUACCAAUAUGUCAAGAUGUGUUGCCUUUUGUUGGCUCAUUUUUUUUUCUAAGACCAUAAUGAACCUUGUAAGUCUAUUGCAUUGAAGAUGUACAAAAACCAAUGGAACCUACUCUGAUAUAGGACACGUAAAUAAACAAUCAGCUGAUGUCAAACUUGAAUUUGUUGGAAUUAUUUCAAAUCUAAGCAAGAUUUCUGCUAGAAGAUCCAUGUGAAUGCACUGUGUGCAGGAUAUACUGCAGAGCUGGUUUACUUCCCUUCCUUACCUUGACCUACAACUCUUGCUAGGGCAGGUCUUGCAGUUAAUCUGAACCUUAACAAUGGACUGUCUCUAAUGUGGGCAUUGGAAAAAAAGUAAACAAAAAGAAAAGCACAUUUACAAAAUUAUUGAAAAACAUUUAUUAUACUUAAAUUGAAAUGUGUACAUCUUAUUAAAAAACAAAAGCCAUUUGCUGGUGCCAUAAUUUAAUUCCAAUUUCAAGUGAGCUGGACAAACUACUGUACAACUUUCAAUAUUCUUUAAAAUUAGAUAUUUGGAUACUUUCCAAUCAAGGAUUUUUCCACUUUUAUAAAACAUUUGGAUUUGAGUAUGGUGUGAGCUAAAAAGACACAAGUGUCAGUUCAGGAAAAUACUAGGACCAAAC